AUGACGCGCAAGCCGCGCACCUUCUACGGCUGCCUUUUCGUUCAUCUGAUAUUGUGCAUUCUGUGCACCAUCUCCACGUUUCACAUGCUCGCCAUCGCCAUCGACAAAUACGUGACGAUUUGCUGUCGCGACCGACUUUUUUCGUCCAGGUACCGGAAUUUUUGGGCCAGUUUAUGUAGUAUUGUCGAACUAUUGUCGAUUUCAUACUUCUCCACCGAAUUGUUGUGUCACUAUUGUUCGUCUCGAACUUUUGUGUAAACAAGUAAUUGAUUAUGAGAGAGAGAGACCUUUGUAACACUGACAAAUUGCUCUCAAAUGUUACUGCGGAAAAUGUUGAGCGAUGCUAUUUGUAAGCCCCAUGCGCUAAAUUUGGAAACUUUUGAGCAUCAUCAGCUAUUUUUGUGGUGCAGUUUGAAGAAAAGUACAAUAUCAGCUCGCGCCCCCCCCCCAUACUUUAUAUUCAAAGCGUUGUAUCUCAGUUGUCGGUGGAGAUAUCAUAAAGUUGUCAACUGACAAAAUGUGCAAAAUUUCAUAACGAACAACUUUUUAGUUGACACCUUUUCAAUAUCUCCAUCGACAGCUGAGAUAUAUCACUUUCAAGAGAUGACUCGAUUUUUAUGGAACUAAAUCCUCAAAUGAUUAAAAAAAAAUGUCAGUUUCACAAUGUUUUGAUAUACUAAACUACAAGUCUUAUGGCAAUCACAUCCAGCAGACUUUUCCGCGAAAAAAAAUCAUUUUUUGCACCCGAAACCGCGAAUUUUCGACCAUCAAAAAUCUUGACGCACACACACACACUUGUUAAGAUGUUGUUUGUUUGCAAACCUCUCCUCCACCACUCCUUCCUUUUUCCCCGCCGUUUUUCCGCGAAAUUUCAAGCCAAAAGGGACCGCGAAACCUGUCGAAAUGAAGAAGCAGAAAAUUCUGCGAAAUUCUGCGUGCAAAAGUAGUGUGAAACGGAGAGGGAAAUUCAAUUUCCCGCCUCUCUCUCCCCCUAGAAUGCACGUAUCUUCGUUUGGAGCCCAGAAAUUGUGUCUUUCCAGGUUCUCUGGUCUUUUUUUUUGUUUUUUGUUUCCUGGGUGUCCACAACGGUUUUAGGGAUCCAUUUCGACGGGGCACAAAGUUCACCUUUCGGCGAGCUCACCAAAAAGCAACGGAGCAGGAAAGAAUUCGGAAAGCCCUCGGGCCAUUUUUUGUGUUUCACGUCCACCGAGACGCCCGCACGGAUUAUACGCGAAACGCGGUUUCGCGGGGUCCGAAAUGACAUGAAAUCUGAAUUAGUGUCGUCUGUGAAACCGACAAUAGAAUUGAACCGCUCUCAUUCGAAUACCGCGCAUUCAAAUCGAUAUAUCUCGGUUGCCGUUGGAGAUAUCGAAAAAAUGUCUACAAAUGAAUUGUUCAUCAAGAAAUUUUACAUAUUUUAUUAGUUGACCGCUUUUUGAUAUCUUCACAAACAGCUGUGAUACCAAAGUUUGAAUAGAAGGUGUUGAAGUUGAAGUCACGAGUAUGCAUGUAUUCAAAUCAGUAUAUCUCGGCUGCCGUUGGAGAUAUCAAAAAAAUGUCAACUAGUGAAUUGUUCAUCAAGAAAUUUUACAUAUUUUAUUAGUUGAUCGCUUUUUGAUAUCUUUACAGACAACUGAGAUACAGCAAUUCAAAUAAAACGCCCAUUUGAAACAUGACAAGUUAGACUUCACAGUUUCAUUAUUCUAAUUUGGAAGGUGUUAACUCUCUUUUUUUGUCUGAUAAAGACUCGGAGAACGUUCCAGAAAGGUUCUAUGCAUGAUUAUAUGCAAAUUGUGUGAUAUUAUCCAUCCCGAAAUGACGUGCAAGAGUUCCACUAACAUUUUCCUCAUUGCGCGCGCGCGCGCAUCGCAUCGCAUCGCAUUUCCGGCUACGAAUUGAGCUAAUUUCAGUGAAAAGACGCUUUUAGAAGCGAGAGAAACGUGUGGAAAAGGGACUAAAAAGUGGAAUUUUCAGACGAAAACGAGCGAUUUUCUUGUUGGCAACCUCCUGGUCGCUCGGCCUCUUCGUCGCCAUUCUGCCGCUUUUCAACGUGUUCGGAUUUGCCGAGUGAGUUUUUUUUUGGUUCGGUUUCAAAGUGUCUUCACGAUUCUUUUGGCGAAAUAACUAUAAACGUGUAAAACUAGCAUUUCUGAGCGCCUAAAAGAAGGUUCAGUUUGUGGAUCUAAUUAAACUUGAACAAUACACGAUUACAGUUAUAAUGAACUUGGAACAGUGAGAUAUUUCCAAAAAAAUCCAGUGAUACAAUAGUGUUCCGCUUCAAAAAGCACUCAAAAUGGAUGUGAUGAAUCGAGGGGGUUUUCAAUGUUUAGAAAUGGACUUUCUUCGAAUUUGUGAUCCCUAAAACGCGAUUUUGUAUUCAUUCGAAUUCUCCGAGAAUUGCGAAUUAAAAGUAUUCAUCCACACAACUGCAAAACCUUAAUUGGAAAGCAGAAAGAAGAGUGGCGCGAGCGCUCCUAAUUUCCGACGCAAAAAUGAUACUUUUUGAGGCGAUCCGAAAGGGACCAAUUCGCAAAUGGUCUCUCUGACCUAGACAUGUCAGUACGUUCCAAUUAGGCGAUCCAUUAGGUUAGUGGCGGUUUAUGGGGAAGUAUCCCAGCUUGGAAAAACAUUUUGUGACGUACAUUUCGGGCAUUUGGAUAGAGAAUUUCAAGCUCUACAUUUUGUCAGUUCAAAGUUUUCCCCUAGCUCUCACGGCCGAGGAGUUAUAAGCAAAAAACGGAGAGGUGCCGGAUGGCCUAGAAUCUUCAAUUUUGUGUCUUUAUGCGCGGUUCUCUUCGUAUUAAAGGGGAAUAGGGUGAAUAGAAGAAAUGGUCGCUUUGAAACAGCAAAGAUAUUGUCUUUUUUUCGCAAAUUUCCUUUCGGUUUUACUUGCUCGACAAUAGUUGUUUCAGACAAGCCAUAUCAAACCAUUCCAGAACGCAAUCGCUGUUCCUCAAAAACGGAGAAUUGUGUCAUUUCACGGUGGUCGUCGACUACCGCUACCUCGUCUACGUCAUCUUCUUCUCGACAAUUCUCGCGCCGACCGCCAUCAUCGUUCUCUUGUACUCGAGCAUCUACAGUCGAAUUCGGACCGAAGAGAAGCAGGUAUUGAUUGGGUGGCUAAUGCUAAAUUGAGCGCCGCGUUAAAACGGAGUGUCGUUGAAAUUUCCGGAAUUUUUUUGCGAAAACGCUACAAUUUUAUCCCAAAAUGAGGAAAAUUAGGUAAAACAGGAAUUGUCAGGAGCAGGGGUGUGCGGAAAAUAUUUCGAUUUUCCGAAAUUUUCCGAUUUUCCGAGAAAUUUUCGGAACAUUUUCCGACGGAAAAUUUUCCGAAAAUGUUCGGCAAAAUUUUCGGAAAAUUAGUGUGGAUUCAAGGUCAAUUUGUCCGAAACCACCGUAUGCUUUUUAAAGGCGCAUCACAAAAUUUUUGGAAGGGUCUAGCAGCGAGCGUCUUUUUUCCGAAAAUUUCUCGGAAAAUUUCGGAAAAUCGAAAUAUUUUCCGCACACCCCUGAUUCUCACUGACAAUCGGAAAACACUGGACCCGGAGAGCUUCUCUCGGCUAAUUUUUUUGCAAAAAAAUAUUCCAUUGCUUUCGCUUCCGCCCACUCAAGUGAUUUCAAAUCAUAAUAAGCAUUUUUUUGUAUUAGAACGUUGUUUAAACACUUUAUUGAACCAAUGAACAAGUGAGUUUUCCGAUUUUUCCGAUUUUUCCGAAAUUUUCCGAAAAAAAAAAUUCGGAAAACCCGAUUUUCCGAAAUUUUCCGAAAAAAAAAAUUCGGAAAAACCGAUUUUCCGAAAUUUUCCGAAAAAAAUUUUCCGCACACGCCUGGUCAGGAGCGCAUUUUUUCCAUUUUUCCGUGAAUUUCAGUCCGCGGCGCUUCAAAACCUGAAAUUUCUCAGUCAUUUUUUGCAUUUUAUGCGCCGUCUCUGUGCUCAAAAUGACCGUCUGCGUCUGCUGAACAAACGGCGUGAGGCAACUGUUUUCUCAAAAUUUCCGAAAGUUUGUUUUUUCAAGCCAGGGUCAUCGAAGUGGCGGCGGGAUGCACUCUGCAACUCAAACACUCGUUUUGUAGGUGAAAUGUCUGCUGCGACAGUCGGAACGCGAGCGGCGGAUGCAGGGAAGACGCAAGUUGAUCCGAAUCCUGCUCAUUCUCGUCGUUUCCUACGGAAUUUGCUGGUUUGUACUGAAAAAAUGCGUUGAUAUCGUGAACAAUGCUCUAACAAUAGGAAUAAGAGCGCAUUUUUGACAUGCUCAAGGUGUUUCGGCUUCAAAAAGUGCACAAAGUGUUGGCAAAAUUGUGUGAAACUGUCAAUUUUCCAAGGGUUUUUGUGAAAAUAAGAGACUUUUGCUGUUUCAACGCGUUUUUAUGACGCGUCGAAAAGAAAUGAGCGGCGUGAAACGGUAAACGCUAAAAAUGGCGACGAGAAGGAGCAUUUCGACGACGUUUUCACUUGAAUUAUUAGCGAUUUGAGAGCGAAUCCAAUAAGUGUCCCAGUUUCCAGGUACCCUCUGUACAUAAUCAACACAAUCGACUACUUUUGGCCGCAAUUCUCGAUCAACAGUCUGACCCUUUGGACCGUAAUCAUGUCGCACAUGUCGUGCGCCCUGAACCCCCUCAUUUAUGCGUACGGAAUGCCCGGUUUUAAGAAGGUUUUCUUCGUCGUUCUUCUGCGUUUUCUCGUAAAACCCCGAUUUUUCAGGCGUUGCGUGCGUUUUUCAACAUUCAGACCGACAAUAACACUUGCGCCAACUACUCUUGCUACAUGAGGUGAGCCCCGCGAACAUUUUUGGAGUUUGUGAGGGUGGACAGGUGCAAACGUCUGCCGGAAGCUUGAAUCUGAACCCGGCGGACCCGAAAUAGCCGCCUGCACGUGUACGCCCGCCGCCCGGGCAACCAGGAAGUGCACGUGUGGCGCAGCUGUUGUGCGCCCGGCUAAUAAUUUUGCGAAGCGUUUUGAAGCGGCGGUUCAAUCCCCCGAAGCCUAAAAACUCUUUUGCUAUUGCAGAUCGACCGGAAACGGGAAGCAGAGGAGUAUAAGUGUGCGCGGGAUGCCGUAUGAACACUCGCUCGCCGCGAUCCGCAAGAUUUCCGCGCCGACGCCCGUCAUGAUCGAUCGACACCGGUCGAGAAGGCGUCAGACUGUCGACCACAUUGAUUUGUGAUCUCAAAACCCGCUUCUAAUUUAAGUGCAAAUCCCAUCGAAUCUUUCAUUCUCAUCGCUUUUUAUGUGCAAAACCAAUCUCGCUCUCGAUACCGGUUGUUCCCCUCCCCUGUUGAUCUCUUCACUAAUCCACGCAUCACAUUCCUUGAAAAAUCGUCGAAAAAAUAAACGUUUCAACUCAAAAUACACUCAAAAAUGACGAAUUUGCAGCCGGAAAAUUCACCUGCUCGGCGCCACAAUCGCCAUUCGAAUCUCGGCGAAACGCGCUUUGAGAAUCAACUCGAAAUGAUGGUUUCUGUGGAAAAUUUGAGUUUUCCCACCGUUUUUCGCACUUUUCACGCGGAUUUUCACGCGAAUCUCAAGUCUAUCGGUAAGCACACGAAUACCAAUAAAUUUCAUAAAAAAUUUCAAUGAAUUUCAGAGAGAACCAAGGGAAUCUUCAAGUUUAUCGCUCUUUUAUCGUGUGUUUUGGCGUUUUUCACAAUUUUGAUAGUUUAUAAGUGUAGUUCGAGGCUCAAAAUCGAGUAGGACGACCUUUUUUGAUGUUUUGACUACAGUAACCGCGGUUUUAGGUACCGUAACAUUCUGCUGGCUCAAUUGACGUUGGCCCUCGUCGGAUGCUUUCUGAUAUCGUUGAUUUCGCCGUCGUUCCUACUACCGUAUCCCAUGUUUUUCCUCUCGGGACCCUUUGCGAUCGACUAUCGGUUCACGUGUGAGUUUGGGACCAGAAAACGGGGGAACAAAAUGACAUGAAACUGAAAUAGAAGAGAAUUGCGAUAUUGUCCAUUCAACUUGAUGUAUCUCAACUGACGAUAGAGAUAUCAAAAAGUGGUCAACUAAUGAAAUGUUCACUAAGAAAUUCUGUAUAUUUUAUUUGUUGACAACAUUUCGAUAUCUCGACCGGCAGCUGAGAUAUAUCGAUUUGAAUGAACACUAUUACGGUACCCGUUUCAUGAACUUAACAACUAUUUUCGUGGCUUUUCUCUUCAAUUUUCAGAAUUUCGAAAUUGAGUUCCAAACGAAACGAACGGUUAAAUAAGAAAGAAACUGCACACUUUUUGUCGACAGUAUUUUCAGUUUCACAAAAAAAAAAGUUGGCUAAUUUUGAACAAAUAUUGUACAUACAGUUGCGAAACUUAAUGUGGUUCUGGAAAUUACUGUAUUUUUGUAGUUGACGCUUUUUUUCUACGCCCACUACCUGGAGUACUGUGGCUUUUGGAAGUUAGGCUUCGAAAUGCGCUAACCUAAACUUGCCCUCACUUCCAAGAGCCACAGUACUCCGGGUAGUGGGCGUAGAAAAAAAGUGUCAAGAGCAAAAGUCAAGUGCUCAACACGAUGAAAAAUUUUGUAGUUGACCACUUUUUUGUACGACCACUCCGAAGCGUACUAUUUUUGAUGAAAAGCUUUUCAGUGUACCUCUCGUUCCUCGUCGUCAUGUUCUACUUCUUUCCCACAAUGUUGCUGCUCUCCUUCGGUCUCAUCUACAAUUUCAUGUCUCUCAAACAACUCUCCACCCAAUUGUUCAACAUUUCUGUGGAUCGCCUCAUGAAAAUGGUCAUUUUCACGGUCACAAUGAUCCUUUUGACCGGCAACUUCUUCCUCAUGACUCAACUUUCACGCGGUCACGAUCAGAUCGAAAUGCAGACGAAUAUUGUCGAGAAUAUUGUAAGUUUCCCCGCCAGCAAUAAUCGAUGAAAGACCUUAAAAUCAAUGUUUAGGACGCGAGAUGUGCGGAAAUCUUCAACAACUAUGCGGUUUUUGUGUUCGACAUCUACUCGUGGCCCAUUUUGGUGUCUUCCAUCGAAGCGCUCUUCCUUUGCUUCGCUUCCGUCUCGUUUUGUGCCGUUAUGACUGUUUUGUACGUUUCUUGCACAUUUUCAAUGCAAAAAUUGGAUUCCGAUCGGUUUUUAAGCAAAAAAAUACUUGUUUCAUAGUGUCGACGUGGCCUAGUGAAGAGUCUUCACAUUUCGAGUUUUCUAGGCUACAAGAACGCUUUUUUUAUGGGGGUUCAUUCAAUCUCUUAUUUUUAACAUUUUUAACAUGGACAUGAAACCGAUAGUAUAUGUUUUCGGUUACCAUGCCAUGUGUUAAUGUACCGUCUAUUCAAAUCACUAUAUCUUAGCUGUCUGUAGAGAUAUCAAAAAACUGUCAACUGGUGAAAUGUUCAUCACGAAAUUCUGUACAUUUUAUCAGUUGACCACUUUUUCAUAUCUCCACCGGCAACUGAGUUACAUCGGUUUGAAUAAACGCUACAAGGGGCGUCUAUUUACAAUACUCAAAACGAACCAUAUUUUCCAGAAGCUGCAAACACUUUGAGAGUCAGAAGCCCACUCUAUCGGCCACAGCGGCUCGGAACCAUCGGAUGAUGCUCUACAUGCUCAUCUCAUACGUCGCACACUUUCUCCUCUACUUUUCCUUCCCCUUAGCCGCUUUCACAAUUGCAAUUCACGACCCGAAGCCUAUUUUGUACGUUUUUUCCAACUUUUUCCUCCUAAAACCGACAAAAACCAUUGCAGCGGUUCGAUAACUUACCUCCUUAUCAUCUGCCCGGCCCACUUUUUGGGAAUCAGUCUCUCGGUGACCUACUGUCUGAUAAUCACGCCCUACCGAAAAGUGAUCGUCGCAAUUCUGAUGAUUCUGACGUGUUCGCCACUGCAAAGGCCCUCAACUUCUGAGGAACCGAACCGCUCGACCAACUCGCUUUCGAUCAUUGACAACGCGCUGAGGAGGCACUCGUAUCGGGUCGGCAAUCAGAUUUCGAACGGAUAA